CGUGAGCGGGGAACAGGGGACACUGAUUGCCUGGGCGAAGGUGUUUCCGGUUUUCCUCGACUCGUGACUUCCGGUGUGCUCUUCUCUGACUGGCCGAGCGGAGCGGAGGGAGAGCGAGGCGAAGCGAAAGUGCUGAGCGUUGGCCCUGGCGGCCAUGGAGAAGCUCCGGCGGGUGCUGAGCGGGCAGGACGACGAGGAGCAGGGGCUCACGGCGCAGGUGUUUGAUGCGUCAUCUCUUAGUUUUAGUACUCGAGUGAAAUGGUUUGCCAUCUGUUUUGUAGGUGGCAUUUUGUGUUCUAUUCUUGGGACGACAAUGCUCUGGCUCCCAGGCGGUGGUAUGAAACUCUUUGCAGUAUUCUACACAUUAGGAAAUAUUGCUGCUUUAGCCAGUACUUGCUUCUUGAUGGGUCCUGUGAAGCAGCUGAAAAAGAUGUUUGAGCCAACAAGAUUAAUUGUGACAAUUAUUAUGCUGUUCUCUUUUAUACUCACCCUGUGUGCUGUAUUCUGGUGGCAUAAAAAAGGGCUAGCGGUGCUGUUUUGCAUUAUGCAGUUCUUGGCAAUGACCUGGUACAGUCUGUCAUAUAUUCCUUAUGCAAGGGAUGCUGUGAUGAAAUGCUUCACAUCGUGCGUAGGUUAGAGUGAACAAAGAGGAAUGUUUCAACUUCAUUUUCCCAAGUUUACUUGUUUCAGCUCCAGAAAUGGUGAUAAUCUUUCUUCCACAAUUGGGAUUAAAUUAUGCUAGCAGAAUUUUUUUUUACAAAAAUGCCCAUACCACCUGUAUAUCAGUAAAACCUUAAAUGCAUACUUAAUGAUUUAUUUACCUCAUAUAAUGGUCUUAAAACUGUUGGAUCAGAUUCUGCUAACAUAAUUUACUCUCAAAAUUAGCCUUUGUCCUUCAGGUAAAAUGUAUGUAAAUACUUUUGUCUUGGUUUUGCUAUUUAUCUUUCCUCUUUGUGCUUUAUUUGUUAUAUGCUUUCCAAAGACCUUUAAUAUUAUAAAAUGAAGUAUUUUAUUAAAUUUAUAGCUAAUGGAGCUCUCUGAAAUGUUUAAACUUGUAUUCUAUGGAAAGGUUGUGAACUUGUAGUAAGACUGUUUUUAAAUACAUGAACCUUUUUUGUUAAGCUUUUUAAGCUUUUUAAAAACCACCUUUUUAUACUGUGAUACUUUAAAAAUACUUGACAAAAAGUGCUUAUGAGUAAUAUAUUAAAUCAGUGAUUACAAAAUAAAUAUAAUUAUUUUAAAAUGCCA